AAUCUACUGUCAUCCUCAUCUCCAGCAUCUACCCAAUGCGACCCCCAUGCCCCAGUUUCCGGUAGCGUGGGGUAUCUGAGCCGACCGCAUCCAUUUUCCAGGGACUGACUGGGAUUGAUCCAUCAGUCAUACAUCAUUUGAAUUGAGCCUCUGAGGACUGAUCCUGGCUCGUCUGCCAUUUAAAUAAGCAUUCGUCUCCCCUGGUCCCUGUUCGGGCCCUUGUUCUAUUGAUAACCAUUGCAUCAGCAAUAAGGUGGACUCGGCACGCCGGUCGGAGCAUCUCCGCUUUUUCGGCAUUUCCCCAAUUAAGGUUUCCCUGUCCCCAUCGUACAUAUUCAGCGUCAUAUUCAUAUUCUGGACCAGGCUGGUGGUUGAGAUCACCAAAGGCACUUGACAAUGCCGUGUAACACGCAAGCCUCGGCCUCAUGCGAAGGCUGCUCCUGCGAUGCCGGUGCGAAUCGCGCGCCGGUGAACAUCGAAGAUUGCGAGGCCGAACUGCUUGCUCUGCGGAAGCGCACUCUUGAGCUGGAGAAGUCGCUGGCGUCCAUGACGACUAGCGCCGCGAAGGUGUCGAGAGCUGGCCGCAAGCUGCGGUCCUCCAGGUGGUUCAAUUGCGAGAGCAACCCCGGCAUGAUGGCGCUCUAUAUCGAGCGGUAUCUGAACUACGGCAUGACCAAGGAGGAGCUCAUGUCGGGGAAGCCGAUUAUCGGGAUCGCGCAGUCCGGCUCGGAUUUGGCGCCGUGUAAUCGCCAUCAUCUCGAGCUGGUGAAGCGGGUGCGCGAAGGCAUCAGGACAGCAGGCGGGAUUCCCUUUGAGUUCCCGACGCAUCCGAUACAGGAGAGCUCCAGGCGGCCGACUGCCGCUAUCGAUCGCAAUCUGUCGUACUUGGGCUUGGUUGAGAUUCUCCAUGGGUAUUUCCUGGAUGGUGUUGUGCUACUGACUGGCUGCGACAAGACGACGCCGGCGGCUCUAAUGGCUGCUGCUACGGUUAACAUUCCCGCAAUAUGUCUCAAUGUCGGUCCCAUGCUCAACGGUUAUAUGAAGAACGAGCUCGCCGGCUCAGGUAUGGUGGUAUGGAAAGGCAGAGAAAAGUAUGCCGCCGGCGAGAUCAGUAAAGAGGAGUUCAUCGAUUACGUGUCCCGAGGAGCACCAUCCGUAGGACACUGCAACACAAUGGGAACCGCCUCGACCAUGAACGCACUUGCCGAGGCCCUGGGGAUGGCGUUGCCCGGGUCCGCGGCCAUUCCUGCCCCAUACCGCGAACGAGGACAAUGCGCCUAUGACACAGGCUUACAGAUCGUUGAGAUGGUGCAUGCAGAUCGAAAACCCAGCGAUAUCAUGACCCGCGAGGCCUUUGAGAAUGCCAUCGUCGUGAACACCGCCAUCGGCGGCAGCACCAACGCUCCAAUCCAUAUUGGCGCCAUCGCAAAGCAUAUCGGUGUAGAUCUUUCGCUAGAUGAUUGGGAUCGACUGGGAUUCCACAUCCCUCUUUUGGUGAACAUGCAGCCAGCAGGAGAGCUACUGGGCGAAGAAUACUACCGAGCCGGCGGCUUGCCAGCCGUCAUGGCCGAGCUGCUCGACGCGGGCAAACUGCAUGCCGACAUUCUAACGUGUAAUGGCCGCACCGUGAAGGAAAACGUCCAAGGAAAGCACACGUGGGACCGCCGCAUGAUCAGAGCCUACAACGACCCGCUCAUGAAAGACGCCGGCUUCUUACACCUCAAGGGUACCUUGUUCAACUCCGCCAUCAUGAAAACAUGCGUGAUAUCCGCGGAGUUCAGGCAGAAAUUCCUCGAAAACCCGGACGAUCCGAACGCGUUCGAAGGCGCGGUAAUUGUGUUCGACGGGCCGGAGGAUUACCACCAUCGCCUUGAAGAUCCCAAUACACCAAUCGACGAUAGGACUAUCCUCAUCAUGCGUGGUGCUGGACCCCUGGGGUAUCCAGGCGCGGCAGAAGUUGUCAAUAUGCAUCCUCCCGGACGCCUUCUACGACAGGGUGUCCAUUCGCUUCCGUGUAUCGGCGAUGGCCGACAGUCUGGCACGUCUGGCUCGCCGUCGAUCCUGAAUGCCUCCCCUGAAGCGGCGGCUGGUGGCAAUCUGGCGCUUCUUCGAGACGGAGACAGACUCCGUGUCGAUCUUAACAAACGGCGCGUCGACAUCCUUGUACCCGCGGAGGAACUGGAGAAACGAAAGAAGGAGCUAGAGACCAAUGGCGGUUACGGUGUUCCCGAGAGUCAGACUCCCUGGCAGGAUCUAUUCAGGAGGGAAGCGACGCAAUUGAGUGAGGGGAUGGUCCUCCGUGAGGCAGUCAAGUAUCAGAGACUGGCCCAACGAUUCGAGGAGCCCAGACAUAAUCACUGAGCGUACAUUGAUGAUCACUGAUGAACGCGUCUUGACAUUUCAGGAAUUCCCCGUAAGACUUCACCCGACGAAUAAGAAUUAGGAAGCGAUGGGUUUUUCCUCGUCAUUUUACUUAAUUCCGCGUUUUGACCAUACCCGAAACCAUGAGUGCGGACAUUUCAUCGAGAUCCAGGUCCCAACUUUUCGCACUUAAUAGAGUAAUGCAAUUGUAGUCGUGCGCGAAUUUCUCCUUUCCGUCUUUUUUUCCUAUCGAGGAGAGACUACGCCCGAGUCGCUUACUCUCUGUGCCUCGGAAGGCUCCGCUCCUUACCACCGCCGAGCGAGAUGCUGCAUCUGUGCCGGAGGGUUUCUUUGGUCAAGUUGCCACGGUUGAUUUGCCGCCUGGCAGAAGUCGUGCCUCCCUACAAUGACGAGGAAGGGGUCAUUCCUUCAAUCCUCAUG